AUGGCAAACAGCAAGACACAAUGUUUUAAAUGCAACGAAGAAAAAAUAACAUAUCCUUGUAAAGGAUGUUUAAAAGAAUUUUGUUUAAUUCAUUUAACAGAACAUAAACAAAUAUUAAAUGAUGAAUUAAAUCAUAUUGCCAAUAAUUUUAAUGAACUCAAACAAAUAAUUAAUGAACAAAAACAAAAUCUACAAACCUUUCCUUUAAUAGAACAAAUUAAUCAAUGGGAAAUAAGUUCAAUUAAAAUAAUUCAACAAAAAGCACAAGAUUGUAGAAAAAUUGCUAUGGAAUAUUUACCAACAUUCUUUAACAAUAUUGAAAAGGAAUUUAAUGAUUUAUCUAAACAAAUAAAGCAAAUUCAUAAAGACAAUGAAUUUAAUGAAAUUAAUUUAAACUAUUUAAAAAAUCAAUUGAUGACAAUUUCACAUGAAUUAAAUAAUCGAUCAAAUAUUUCUAUUCAACAAGAUUCACAAUCAUUUAUUAAUGAAAUUUCAAUUAUUGUACCAAAAAAACCAAAAUUCAGCAAAUGGAAACAAAAUGCCAUCACUGUGGCUGGUAGAAAUGGACAAGGACAAAAAUUAAAUCAAGUCAAUAGCCCUGAAGGAAUCUUUAUUGAUCAAAACAAAAGUAUUUUCAUUGCUGAUUGUAACAAUCAUCGUAUUGUUGAAUGGAAAUAUAAUGCAAAAGAAGGACAAAUCAUUGCAGGUGGAAAUAGACAAGGAAAUCGAAUGGAUCAAUUGAGUUGGCCUACAGAUGUGAUAGUUGAUGAACAAAAUCAUUCGAUUAUCAUUGCUGAUAAUGGGAACAGACGAGUGAUUCAGUGGCUGAACCAAACACAACAGAUUCUCAUCAAGAAUAUUCAUUGUUUUGGCCUGGUAAUGGAUAAAUAUGGAUAUGUUUAUGUUUCUGAUCAUAAGAAGAAUGAAGUGAGACGAUGGAAAUUGGGAGAAUAUAACAAUCAAGGAAUUGUAGUGGCUGGUGGAAAUGGAAAAGGAGAUCAACUCAGUCAACUCAAUUUUCCUACUUUUAUCUUUGUUGAUGAAGAACAAUCUGUUUAUGUAUCAGACAGAGACAAUGAUCGUGUGAUGAAAUGGAGAAAAGAUGCAAAAGAAGGAAUAAUUGUGGCUGAAGGAAAUGGUUAUGGUGGAAAUCACAAUGAAUUAUACUUCGUUGCAGGAGUAAUUGUUGAUGAUUUUGGUCAGAUCUAUGUGGCAGAUUAUUUGAAUUUUCGAGUAAUGCGUUGGUGUGAAGAAAAAGACGAAGGUGAAAUUGUUGUUGGUGGAAAAGGUCAAGGGAAUCAAUCAAAUCAAAUGAAUGGUCCCGUAGGUUUAUCUUUUGAUGAUGAAGGCAAUCCUUAUGUUGCUGAUAUUUGGAAUCAUCGAAUUGAAAAAUUUGAAAUAAUUUUAUGA